AAAAGCUAGUUAGCCAGUACUACUACUGCAGCACGCACGGCAUCAUGGACUCCGAAACGAAGAGCCUUGAAUCUAUUAUUAACAAUAACCUAACUGGACGAGACUUAGAUGAAUUCAACAGAAUCUACUAUGGAAGAACAAACCACCAUGAAGUUCAAAUAAAAGACACAUCUCUAGUCGCUGCAAAAGAAAACGAUUUUGAAAUUGCUGCAUACGCUUUCCCUGCCAAAAAGGAACAUACAAGACCUCCAAGAAUAGUCAAGGUUGGAAUAAUCCAACAUUCCAUUGCUGUUCCGACAGACCGGCCUAUCAAUGAACAAAAGAAUGCUAUAUUCGCAAAGGUGAAGAAGAUUAUAGAUGUUGCUGGACAAGAAGGCGUUAAUAUCCUAUGCUUCCAAGAGUUAUGGAAUAUGCCAUUUGCAUUCUGCACACGAGAAAAACAGCCAUGGUGUGAAUUUGCUGAAUCUGUAGAAGACGGAGCUACAACAAGAUUCCUUCGGGAACUGGCCAUUAAGUACUCAAUGGUAAUCGUCUCUUCUAUACUUGAAAGAGACGAAAAACAUGCAGAUAUUUUAUGGAAUACUGCAGUCGUAAUCAGCGACACUGGUAACGUGAUUGGUAAACAACGCAAAAACCACAUUCCAAGAGUCGGAGACUUCAACGAAUCAAAUUACUACAUGGAAGGUAAUACAGGUCAUCCAGUUUUUGCGACGCGUUAUGGCAAAAUCGCUGUUAACAUCUGUUUUGGACGUCAUCAUGUCUUGAAUUGGAUGAUGUUUGGCCAAAAUGGCGCUGAAAUAGUCUUUAACCCAUCUGCGACGAUCGCUGCUGAAGCUGGAAGUGAGUACAUGUGGAAUAUUGAGGCCAGGAACGCUGCUAUUACAAACUGUUACUUCACAGCAGCUAUUAACAGAGUUGGUUAUGAAGAGUUCCCUAAUGAGUUUACGUCUGGUGAUGGUAAGCCUGCCCAUAAAGACCUUGGUCUAUUCUAUGGUUCGAGCUACUUCUGUGCUCCGGACGGCGUUCGGUGUCCAGGGCUUUCCCGCUCGAAGGAUGGCCUGCUAAUAUCCGUAAUGGAUUUGAACUUGAACCGUCAAAUAAGGGAUCGGCGUUGUUACUACAUGACACAGCGGCUUGAUAUGUACGUGAGGAGUCUGAGCCGAGUUCUGGAGCUGGAGUUCAAACCUCAGGUUGUCCAUGAGAAUGACAAGUGCAAAGAUAAAGAAUAAAUGUUAUUUUUCAUUAUAA